AUGUUCUACCCAUUCGGCUGGGCAGUAGGAGAUGCAAUAAAUCCUGUGGUUGAUGAUGAAAGCUCCUCUGUUAUUCAGCUGUCGAGUCCAUUUCUGUUCUUUGGCCGCACAUACCAGCAGAUUUAUGUGAAUAAUAAUGGACACCUCACAUUCAACAAGGCUUCAGCGGAAUAUGUUCCAUAUUCAUUUCCUGGUUAUGAAAGCCAGGAUAUAAUCGCUGGUCUCUGGACAAACCUCGACAACAGUGUGAGAGGUUUUGUAUCUUAUCAGCAGUACACCAGUGGAGAUGUUCUCUCUCGGGCCACUCAGGACAUAAACACACAUUUCCCAAAUCUCACCUUCACCGCUUCUUGGGUCUUUGUUGCAACGUGGAAUAAAGACGCUUACUCCAACUCAACCAUCACAGAAACAUCAUUUCAAGUGGUUUUAAUUUCAGGCAAUAAUUCUUCAUUUAUUCUGAUGAAUUAUGGUGAGAUUGCUGAAACAGGACUUCCAGUGCAGGCUGGUUAUGACACAAUAAACUCUACACACUACUUUGUGGUUCCUGGGUCAGACAGCGGCAGCUUCAUCUCAAACCUCAGGAACUCCAGUAAUGUUGAUGUUCCCGGCCGAUGGGCCUUCAGAGUGGACAGCGGACCAAGAAACAGCCUCUUGAAAAACAAUGUCGUUAGUGUUCGAGUGAGACUUUCCUCAUUUUCAGACCUAACACAGAGUGGAAACACUGAAAGGCUUUUACAGAAAAUGAAACAGGAGCUGGUCAAAUACGGUCUGCCAAAUAACUGUGAGCUGAAGUUAAGAAAACUGCAAAAGAUAAAGCCAUAAUUACAGUUUCCUUCAGAAAAAGUCAAACUGGUUUGUUUACCAUCUGACAGCAAAUAUCCCUGAUGACUGAUGAUGUAAACACCUUAUUUAGAACAAUAUAUUAUAAGGAUACAAAAAUGUAUCAUGUAUUAAGAGCUCCAUGUUGCUGAGAUAAUUCAUACCCCUUCGUUUGAAGUAGUGAUGUGUCGUUCUUUAAUGUGACUCGGGAAGAACGAGUCGUCUCGGGGAGUGAGUCUUGAGCCGGAAAGAGAAUUGAUUAGUUCAUAGUUGGGGUCUAUCCAGGGGGGCAAGGUUUCAUAUUUUAUUGAAGCAGUCCUGGGUGCCUCCAUUGGCUAGCGGACCCCCACCUGCUGUUAGCAUUCCAUAGACUCCCAUUCAUUUUGGUGCCACUUUGACAGCGAAUAACUUUACAUCUGAG